CUCGCGAGCCCAGCCCUCAUAAGAUGGCGGUCGCCUUGGCUAUCUGGGUAGCGCCGCCACUCUCAACAUGGUAGAUGUUUACCCCGUAUCUCUCCUCCCCUCUGCGCUUUAACUUCCUCGUUGCUUUGAAUAAACUUUAUUGACUACUCCGAAUUGCCUACCACCGCCACUGGGCUUCUCCCAACGACUUUUCGGGCUGUGUGCCUCGGACGUGGCGGCCGGUUCGUCUCUUUCCCCGUUGGUUUGCUCGCGACUAUCUCCUGCUGGCCCAGCGACGACGCCACUUGCCCGUUCGCCGGGCGGCCGCCAGAGUAGGCCCAAGCCGCGGUCUCCAGUAGGCCCGAACGGCUGGGCCGAGGGGAAUGUUGUGGAGGAGGCUGCUCUGAAACACCGUCGGGCGACUGGCGACGCGCGACCCAGCAGGGGGCUCCAGGGGAAGGCAAGCGAGGUUCCCGGCGGUACGGGGACUAUCCCAGAAUUCGACGCGCGCCGCCGUAGGGACCGGAACUAUCGGACGAGCCUCCGCUGAGGCGCCUCGCCGUCCCGGAGCUAGCCCGGCUGCCGGCGUGUCGCUGGGACUGAGCUCCGCGGGCGUGGAGUCCUUGCAGCCCAAAGCAUGAGGAGGUCCCUGUAGGAUUCUGGACCGAAGACAUUCUUGUCAGGUUUGGGGCGUGAGGAGGUUCCUGUCAGUUGGGGAAGCGUUAAGAUUCCUCCAUCGUCCAGAGAGGACGCGUGCUGCUGCCUCCCGCCCCUUUUGACACGACGAACCUGGCCGGCCGCAGAACGCUCCAGGGCCGAGCGAAGAUGGCCUCGGUGCCGGUGUAUUGCCUCUGCCGGCUGCCUUACGAUGUGACCCGCUUCAUGAUCGAGUGUGACAUGUGCCAGGACUGGUUUCAUGGCAGUUGUGUUGGUGUUGAAGAGGAGAAGGCUGCUGACAUUGACCUCUACCACUGCCCCAACUGUGAAGUCUUGCAUGGGCCCUCCAUUAUGAAAAAACGCCGCGGAUCUUCAAAGGGGCAUGAUACACACAAGGGGAAACCAGUGAAGACCGGGAGCCCUACGUUCAUCAGAGAGCUCCGGAGUAGGACUUUUGACAGCUCAGAUGAAGUGAUUCUGAAGCCCACUGGAAAUCAACUGACUGUGGAAUUCCUGGAAGAAAAUAGCUUCAGUGUGCCCAUCCUGGUCUUGAAGAAGGAUGGGUUGGGCAUGACGCUGCCCUCGCCAUCAUUCACUGUGAGGGAUGUUGAACACUAUGUUGGUUCUGACAAAGAGAUUGAUGUGAUUGAUGUGACCCGCCAGGCUGACUGCAAGAUGAAGCUUGGUGAUUUUGUGAAGUAUUAUUACAGCGGCAAGAGGGAGAAAGUCCUCAAUGUCAUUAGUUUGGAAUUCUCUGAUACCAGACUUUCUAACCUUGUGGAGACACCGAAGAUUGUUCGAAAGCUGUCAUGGGUUGAAAACUUGUGGCCAGAGGAAUGUGUCUUUGAGAGACCCAAUGUACAGAAGUACUGCCUCAUGAGUGUGCGAGAUAGCUAUACAGACUUUCACAUUGACUUUGGUGGCACCUCUGUCUGGUACCAUGUACUCAAGGGUGAAAAGAUCUUCUACCUGAUUCGCCCAACAAAUGCCAAUCUGACUCUCUUUGAGUGCUGGAGCAGUUCCUCUAAUCAGAAUGAGAUGUUCUUUGGGGACCAGGUGGACAAGUGCUACAAGUGUUCCGUGAAGCAAGGACAGACACUUUUCAUUCCCACAGGAUGGAUCCAUGCUGUGCUGACGCCUGUGGACUGCCUUGCCUUUGGAGGGAACUUCUUACACAGCCUUAACAUCGAGAUGCAGCUCAAAGCCUAUGAGAUUGAGAAGCGGCUGAGCACAGCAGACCUCUUCAAAUUCCCCAACUUUGAGACCAUCUGUUGGUAUGUGGGAAAGCACAUCCUGGACAUCUUUCGUGGUUUGCGAGAGAACAGGAGACACCCUGCCUCCUACCUGGUCCAUGGUGGCAAAGCCUUGAACUUGGCCUUUAGAGCCUGGACAAGGAAAGAAGCUCUGCCAGACCAUGAGGAUGAGAUCCCGGAGACAGUGCGAACCGUACAGCUCAUUAAAGAUCUGGCCAGGGAGAUCCGCCUGGUGGAAGACAUCUUCCAACAGAACGUUGGGAAGACGAGCAAUAUCUUUGGGCUGCAGAGGAUCUUCCCAGCCGGCUCCAUUCCCCUAACCAGGCCAGCCCAUUCCACUUCAGUGUCCAUGUCCAGGCUGUCACUGCCCUCCAAAAAUGGUUCAAAGAAGAAAGGCCUGAAGCCCAAGGAACUCUUCAAGAAGGCAGAGCGAAAGGGCAAGGAGAGUUCAGCCUUGGGGCCUGCUGGCCAGUUGAGCUAUAAUCUCAUGGACACAUACAAUCAUCAGGCACUGAAGACAGGCUCUUUCCAGAAAGCAAAGUUCAACAUCACUGGUGCCUGCUUGAAUGACUCAGAUGAUGACUCACCAGACUUGGACCUUGAUGGAAAUGAGAGCCCAUUGGCCCUAUUGAUGUCUAACGGCAGUACGAAAAGGGUGAAGUGCUUAUCCAAAUCUCGGCGAACCAAAAUAGCAAAGAAGGUAGACAAGGCUAGACUGGUGGCAGAACAGGUGAUAGAAGAUGAAUUUGACUUGGAUUCAGAUGAUGAGCUGCAGAUUGACGAGAGAUUGGGAAAGGAGAAGGCGACCCUGAUAAUAAGACCAAAAUUUCCCCGGAAAUUGCCCCGUGCGAAGCCUUGCUCUGACCCCAACCGAGUUCGUGAACCAGGAGAAGUUGAGUUUGACAUUGAGGAGGACUAUACAACAGAUGAGGACAUGGUGGAAGGGGUUGAAGGCAAGCUUGGGAAUGGUAGUGGCGCUGGUGGCAUUCUUGAUCUGCUCAAGGCCAGCAGGCAGGUGGGGGGACCUGACUAUGCUGCCCUCACUGAGGCCCCAGCUUCUCCCAGCACUCAGGAGGCCAUCCAGGGCAUGCUGUGCAUGGCCAACCUGCAGUCAUCAUCGUCCUCACCGGCUACCUCCAGCCUGCAGGCCUGGUGGACCGGAGGGCAGGAUCGAAGCAGUGGCAGCUCCAGCAGUGGGCUGGGCACAGUGUCUAACAGUCCUGCUUCCCAGCGCACCCCAGGGAAGCGGCCCAUCAAGCGGCCAGCAUACUGGAGAACCGAGAGCGAGGAGGAGGAGGAGAACGCCAGUCUGGAUGAACAGGAGAGCUUGGGAGCGUGCUUCAAGGACGCAGAGUAUAUCUAUCCUUCACUGGAGUCUGACGAUGAUGACCCUGCUUUGAAAUCUCGACCCAAGAAAAAGAAGAAUUCAGAUGAUGCUCCAUGGAGUCCUAAAGCCCGUGUGACCCCAACUCUGCCGAAGCAAGACCGCCCUGUGCGUGAGGGGACCCGGGUAGCCUCUAUUGAGACAGGUUUGGCUGCAGCAGCUGCAAAGCUGGCCCAGCAGGAGCUACAGAAGGCCCAAAAGAAGAAAUAUAUCAAGAAGAAGCCUUUGCUGAAGGAGGUAGAACAGCCUCGCCCUCAAGACUCCAAUCUCAGUCUGACAGUACCAGCCCCCACUGUGGCUGCCACACCACAGCUUGUCACCUCCUCCUCACCCCUGCCUCCUCCUGAGCCUAAACAAGAGGCCCUGUCAGGAAGUCUCGCUGACCAUGAGUACACGGCUCGUCCCAAUGCCUUUGGCAUGGCCCAGGCAAACCGCAGCACCACACCUAUGGCUCCCGGUGUCUUCUUGACCCAGCGGCGGCCUUCAGUUGGCUCCCAGAGCAAUCAGGCAGGACAAGGAAAGCGUCCCAAAAAGGGCCUGGCCACAGCAAAGCAGAGACUCGGCCGUAUCCUGAAAAUCCACAGAAAUGGCAAACUACUUCUGUGAGCCCUCCUGUGUCCCACCCCUCACCCCUUUACCCCCAUUGCCUUCUCCGUUGUCAACUCUCGGGGCAUUCCUGGAUCCUAUCUGCCCCGGACAAGGUGCUGAGGUGCAUUGUCCUGCUUUCUUGGGACUUACCAAAGGCACGGACCCCUCCACCAACUCCUCCUAGCUCCCUUCCCCACUUUCACUAGAGCAUCCUGCCUGCCUUCUCCAUGCCUCUGAGUAGCAGGUAAAUGGGAGAGGUUUCCAGCUGACUAGAACCCUCUUUUCUACUCGUCCAAACCACUCCCCUGUCACCUGCCUUGUCUGUUCUUUACUCUUGAUCCCCUCCUAGAGCUGGAAGGCAGGAUGAGGAGAGGUGUGAAGGAGCCUGAGCCAUGAAGUGGGAAGCCCAGUGCUUGACACUUUCUGCAACUCUAGCCCUAUAUCCGGAAGCCUGCCCACCUCCACCCAUUCUGUUUGCCCCAUUUUUCCAGUCCAGUGGACAUGCCUCAUCUCCAGACUUGCUCAUGGGAGAAGGCUGUGGUCUCUGCCCCCUCUUGCCAAAAGCUUCAUGGAAAUGAAGAGGAAGGCCUAGAGCCUCCUUCCUGCUCCACUGUGGGCCAUUUCCAGAAGUGGCCUAGAAACGCCAACUUCACUUACCUUUCGGAAGAAAGGUGAUUCCUAUCACUUGUCAAGGUAGGGAGAGGUCAGAUGCCCAAGCCUUUGACCAUGGCUUUGUAGCCUGUUGGAGGAAGCUACUUUUAGCUGGCUACACAUGAGGCCACUUGUUUUAGGGUGAGCUCCAGGGAUUUGCCUGGAUUUCAAAAUCAUGUAGAACAUUAUCCACGUGGCUGUGGCUGGGCCCUGGCAGGUGGAAAACCAUCUCCCAGAAACCUGAAAGCACCUGCCACUGACGCAGAUAACCCUGGCCCUACAGCUUGCUUGCUCCGCCUAUACCACAGAGCACAGCCUGGACAUUAUGGAGGGUGUGGCGGGACGGCCCACACCUGGGUCCUCCAUCGGGAACUUUUCAUGCUUCUUUCUCCACCUGAGGUCUUGGUCUGAAGAAGACCUCAGGACUCACAUCUUCACUCCUGGGCCUUUGCACUUCCAGACGACAGGUCAUCGUUCAAGCAGAAUGCAGACAGGCCAUUCACGAGCCCAAGUUGAAGAGAAGAGACGCCCAUCCGUGAAGGAGCAGACCAUCCAUCCAAUCCUCCCUUCCCCUGUCCUUCCUUCGUAGAUUAUCUCCAUUGUCCAGACAGUGCCCCCACCUCCCACCGCCUUGCCUCACUGGCAAUCUGGACUCAAUGGAGAACAUCCCCCCACCUCCAUUUGGCACUGCCCAAGUGGAGUGUACCCUUGCCCUCUCCACCUGUACCACCCACUCCAACCUCACCCCAGCUUGCCCAGUGCUGCUGGGGAAUUUAACAGCUACCAUACAGGCCACAGGGAAUUUGUGAGGCUUCCUUCGUCAUCUUUGUAUCUCCUGUUUGUCUUUCUUUUCUCCAUAGCCCUGCCUCUACUUUCCUUCCUUGGAAUCAGGGGUUCCUUUAGCCCAUUUGCUUUCUCUACCUUGGGGACCCCAGGGGCCAAGCAGUUCUCCAUCUAGUCACACCAAAGGCAGAAAGCCUGGCUACCUCCCCCCCUAGCACGUGAGUCUCUACUCCCCUCCCCUCUGUUUCUCCCCAGCUUUGCUUGCUUUGGGGAUUUCAAGGCAGCAGAGGGUAGUGAGGGGAGGGCAAGAGAAGCCUCUGUCGCUGUAUAGGCAACUGCCUGACUAUGCGGUGACUGCUGUAACCAAGAUCAGGUCCCCAGCCCUUUUGUCCAUUAACACCCCCUCUUGAUCUUUCAAAGGCAGCUAAUUGCUAGCAAAUCCCCCUGAUUCCAGCCCUUUCCCUCUGUUUCUUUGUUAGAAGUUUUCUGUGGAGCUGAAACCCAGCCUCCAUUUGACUGGGUUUCAUUUAGCUUAGUUGGGUUCUUGGAGCCCCCUGUUUGUUGUUUUGUGUUGUUUCCAAUGAAAAGCAAGUUUACCCUCAGAGUUAUGCUUUUCCAAAGAGGCUGAUGUCUUUGUUUUUGUUUUUUUUUAAUGUUUCAGGUUCUAAGUGAAGUGAGUUGGGGAGGGGUGGAGAGUGAUUAGUAAUCAAGGUUUAGAACACCGUGAGAUAGUUACCUCUAAUCUCCAAUUCCUAGCUAGGGGCUGGAUAAUGGGAAGGGAGAGAGGAUUUCUAUUCACCUUUAAUAUAUUUUUACAAAAAAACAAUAUAAAAACAAGCCCACCGCUUCUGUACAUGUCUAAAUAUAUUUUUAGAAGUGGGUAGGAUUGUGAAUUUCUGAUGCAGGGCCUUUUUAUAAAUAGGUUAGAGUAGCAUCAUUCACACUUCUCUGUUGUUUUUGCCCCUGUCUUUUUCUUAUGUUGUGUUACUAAUGUAAUUUAUAUUUUUUUUAGAUCCUCCCUUUCCUAUAGAGAUAAAAGUGAUUUAUCUUGGCAA